GACAACUGAGGAACCAUGAGAGGAGUCAUGCUCCUUCUAGAAUGGGCGCUACCAUGGCUCAUUCUAAGCCUUGGACUACCUGCAGCCUCCUCUGCAGAAGAUCAAAAAGUGGGAAAAAUGGCAGUGAUUAAAGAAGUGAGAGGCUCCCACAUCAACCAGUUCUGCAGCACAUGGGGGAACUUCCUUUACAAGACUUUUGAUGGGGCUUUCUUCCACUUUCCCUCCACCUGUAACUACAUCUUUACAUCCCAGUGUAAGGGCAGCUAUGAGAGUUUCAAUAUUCAGCUCCAGCGACAGGAAGUGGACGGGGAAAUCUCCAUCACCAGAAUUCUGAUGAAACUGGAAGGGAUUGUGGUGGAGUUUGCCAACACUUCCGUUAUGGUCAUGAAUAAACCUGUCUCCAUACCAUUCAGUCAGGGUGGCAUUUCAAUUAAGGAAACCAUGUCCUAUAUUAAAGUUGAAGCUAAUUUGGGUCUGACAUUCAUGUGGAAUCAAAAGGACUCCCUCUGGGUGGAGCUGGAUGCCAAAUUCAAGAAUCAAACUUGUGGCCUGUGUGGGGACUUCAAUGAAAUCAAGCUUUAUGAUGAGUUUGUCCAGUCAGAGGCUUCCAUAAGUCCUGAAGAAUAUGCGUUGAACUGGAAAGUUGAUAGUCCCACUGAAACUUGUAAAGUGGUUUCUUCCGGGGCUAAUAAGAAUUGCACAGAUGGGAAAAAACUCUGCAAGAAGUUGCUGUCAGGACCUGAAUUUAAAAGCUGUCGCAAACUAAUUGACUCCGAGUCCUUCAUGGAAGCCUGUGUGGAAGACUUCUGUUACUGCAAAAGCAACAGCAGUGCAUGCUUGUGUUCGACUGUGUCUGAGUACGCCCGACAGUGCGCCCAUGCAGGUGGACAGCCAAAGCAGUGGAAGACAAAACAACUGUGUGAAAAAACAUGUCCUUUCAACAUGGAGUAUAAGGAGUGUGGCAGUCCCUGUAUUGACACCUGCAAAUACCGGCAGAAAAGUGAGCUGUGUGAUGAGCACUGCAUCGACGGAUGCUUCUGUCCUCCUGGUACAAUCUUUGAUGAUAUCUCAGAAAGUGGAUGUGUUCCUGUUGAGCAGUGCCCAUGUUUCCACAAAGGCGAGACGUACAACACUGGGGAAUCAACCAUGAUGGCGUGUAAAAACUGCACCUGUUCAAAGGGUGAGUGGAGCUGUGUAGAUGCAAACUGUCCUGCUGUCUGUUCCAUCAGAGGAGGCUCUCACUUCUCCACCUAUGAUGAUAAGACAUACAAUUUCCAUGGAAAAUGUUCCUAUGUUUUGUCCAAGGUUGAAGACAAUGCUUUUACUGUGCUUGGUGAUUUCGACAAAUGUGAAAGGUCUGAUAAAUCAACUUGUCUGUCUGCCAUCACUCUGCUGUAUCAAAAUCACACGAUAAUUGAAGUUAAAGACAAAAAUGAAGUCUCAUAUAACCAUCAGGUCUUUGAGCUUCCUUUUUUCCUGGAUGACAUUACAAUCUUCCGUCCCUCUACAUUCUUUACCAUAAUCCACACAACCUUUGGACUUGAUCUCGAGAUUCAGGUUGUACCAAUUGUGCAGCUCUACAUCAGAGCCGAUGUCUCCCUGAAGAGUAAAGUUAUGGGCCUUUGUGGAGAUUUCAAUGAUAACUCAGAAGAUGACUUCAAAACUACAAGUGGACUUCCAGAAAGAACACCAGUGGCCUUUGCCAACACAUGGCGGGCCAAACCAACUUGUUCAGAUGUAAAAAAUGACCUUGCAGACCCCUGCAGUUUAAGCAUUGACAAGAACAAAUUUGCAAAAACCUGGUGCUCCCUCCUGUCAGACACAAAUGGGAUUUUUUCACAUUGCCAUUCUAAAAUAGACCCAGAAGAGUACUUUGCUACUUGCAUGUAUGACACUUGUGCCUGUGAAAACAGCGAGGACUGCAUGUGUGCCGCCUUGUCCUCAUAUGUCCAUGCAUGUGCUGCUGAAGGUGUAUUCCUGAAAGGCUGGAGAAAAGAUGUUUGCAGCAAAUACACAGAAUGCCCUUCGACACUUGUGUACAAUUACAAAAUGACGCGCUGCGGUCGAACUUGCCGCUCUCUGAGUCAGUCGGACGUGACUUGCAAGGUUGAGGUUACCCCAGUUGACGGCUGUGGUUGUGCUAAAGGAUAUUUUCUAAACGAGGAAGGAGUUUGUGUAUCAGCUUCAGAGUGCUCCUGUCAGGCAGGAAACACAGUGGUACAGCCUGGGGAGACGGCCAGUGUGCAAGGACGAACAUGCACCUGCCACGCUGGAAAAUUUAUUUGUAAAGGAGAGCCAGUAUCUAAGUCAUGCACCAGUCCCAUGGUUUUCUUCAAUUGCUCCAAAGCAAAGUCAAAGGAAAAGGGGUCAGAGUGUCAGAAGAGCUGCAACACAUUGGAUGCUGAAUGUGUGAGUUCACAGUGCGUCUCAGGGUGUGUGUGUCCCAAUGGCCUGCUGUCAGAUGGGAAAGGAGGCUGUGUAGAAGAGGAAGACUGUCCCUGCCCCCAUGAUGGAAAAUACUAUAACCCAGGAGAAAAAAUCCAAGUGGAUUGUAAUACAUGCACAUGCAAAAACAGGAAAUGGCAAUGCACAGAAAAUGACUGUGGUGGGACCUGCACCAUAUAUGGAGAGGGACAUUAUAUUACUUUUGAUAACAAGAAAUUUGCCUUUAAGGGGGAUUGUGGCUACAUCUUUUCUCAGGAUUAUUGUGGAGACGAUGUGAAUGGCACCUUCAGGGUCCGGACUGAAAACAUCCCAUGUGGUGAAAGCAUUUGCUCCACCAGUAUUAAACUCUACUUGGGGAUGAAAGAAAUUGUUCUGUCAGACGAAAGUAUCAAAGUUAUCAGUCAAAGCAAAGGGAUUGACAUACCUUUUAAAGUCCACACUAUGGGUAUAUAUGUCGUCAUUGAGGCAAAUAAUGGCCUUCUUCUCAUCUGGAAUAAGAAAACAACAAUCAUGAUCAAACUCAGCUCCACAUUCAAGGGCAAAGUCUGUGGCCUGUGUGGAAAUUAUGAUGGGGCCAUCAAGAAUGAUUUCACUACCAGAAGCAACGAAAUUGUAGUUAAUCCAACAGAGUUUGGAAACAGCUGGAAACUGUCAUCCUCCUGCUCAGAUGUAAACACCACACUGAACCCGUGUGCUCUGUACUCUCACAGACGAGCAUGGGCAGAAAAACACUGCAACAUUAUCAAAAGUGAAGUGUUUACUUCCUGCCAUGACAAGGUGGAGCCAGAACAGUACUAUGAGGCUUGUGUGGCAGAUACGUGUGCCUGCAACACGGGAGGAGAUUGUGAGUGUUUCUGCUCAGCUGUAGGAGCAUAUGCAGAAGCAUGCAAUGAGGCUGGAGCCUGUGUGAAGUGGAGAACCCCCACCAUCUGCCCUCUGUUCUGUGACUAUUACAACCUUGAUGGAGAGUGCGAGUGGCACUACGCUCCAUGUGGAAAGUCAUGCAUGAAGACAUGCAGGAAUCCUUCAGGGAAAUGCUACAAUAAACUUCCACCACUGGAAGGGUGUUAUCCAUCAUGCCCUCGGGAGCAGCCUUAUUUUGAUGAAGCUAGCAUGAAGUGUGUGUCUGAGAAAGAGUGCGGCUGCUAUGAUGAAGAUGGAAACCAUUACAAGGAUGGAGAGUCAAUAUCUGCAAAUUGUCACAAGUGUUCUUGCUCUUCAACACAGCUGACAUGCAUUUAUGAUUUGAAUGCUUGCACCUGUGUCUACAUGAAUGAAACCUACAAAUAUGGCGAUACAGUCUUUGAAACACAUGAUGGAGAUGGAACCUGCAUCUCGGGUGUUUGUGGACCGAACGGAACCAUAGUAAAAAUGGCACCAUGCAUACGUACACCAACAACAACACCUUUUACAUUUACCACAACUGCAAGUACUACAGAACACCCUGUAACUACAACUGCACCUAUUCCAACACUCACAACUCAAGCAGUAACAUCAAUUCUGACUUUUUCAACUUCAAGAGUUUCCACAAGAUCUAAAACUACAACUGUGCCUUUGUCCUCCUUAAAUCCAUCUUCAUCAACAUCUACAGUCACUGAAAGCUCCAAAACUGAAAUAGUAUCAACCACAACACCUUACAUAGAGACACCUACCCCAACAAGAGAGACUGAAACAUCCACAGUCACAACAGCUCCAAUUGAAAGUACUACCACUACACCCGAAACAUCUACUACAUCACCCAGUGACUGCUAUAUUUGCAAGUGGUCAAAUUGGAUUAACAAUGACUACCCCGGACACAACAGAGAUGGAGAUUAUGAAAGAUUAGCAAACAUUUCUGAUCCGGAUUUGAGUGUUUGUAGAAAACCACUACAAAUUCAAUGCCGAUCCAAACUUUUAAAAGAUGUGCCUUUAAAAGAUUUAAAUCAAAAUGUAAUCUGUAGCCCUAAAGAUGUACUAAUCUGUCAUAAUAAGGAUCAAACACCUCCACAAUGUUAUGAUUAUGAAAUUCGGAUACAAUGUUGCACUUACAAAGACAUGUGUGAGCCUAGCACAACAACAAUUCAUUCAGAAACACCAAUCACAACGCCAGGCACUAACGUACCGUCACCCACAACAACAGCAAUAGAAACAUCCACAACACCUCAAAAACAAACUACAAUCUCAACUACUGGCACUACAAAACCUGAAACCACUAAAAUAAUUACAGAAAAAGUCUCCACAACACCUCACAUAAAGACACCUACCCCAACAAUGGAGACACGAAAACCCACAACAAUAAUUACACCAAAACCUACAACGCCUCAUGUAGAAACUACAGUUAUUUUCUCUACAAAACCUGAAACCACAAAAAUAAUUACAGAAAAAGUCUCCACAACACCUUACAUAGAGCCACCUACCCCAACAAUGGAGAGUGAGAGAACCACAACAAUGUUUAAAGAAACUUCCACAACACCUCAUAUACAAAUAGUAACCUACAGCACUAAAAAACCAGAGACUGGACCUGUAAUUAUAGGCACAACAACUACAACACCUACCCCAACAAGAGAGACUGAAAAGCCCACAACUACAAUUGUCACUGAAAAAUCUACAACACCUCAUGUAGAAACUCCAACCCCAGGAAUUGUAGAAACAUCUAGCACCACCAUCACUGGAAAACCCACAACAUCAGAAAGCACUGCAAGUCAGUCAACUACUGUGAUAAUAACAGAGAAGCACAGUGUUGAAACUACAACUGGCAGAACAACUUUGUGCUCUUGCAAAUACAUGAAUCAGAUUUUCUCACCUGGUACCUUCAUGUACAACAAGACUAAUGGAGAUGGCUAUUGUUUCACUGCAUACUGCAGUUUGAACUGUAGUGUUGAAAAGCAUGCCAGACCGUGUCACACAACAAUUCCACCAAGUCCUCCAGCUACCACAAAGAAGGCUAAACCUACAACACCUGCUAUGACAGACUGCCCAUUUCUUACACCACCGAGAAAGGAUGGAGAAUCCUGGAGUUCAGACAAAUGCACCAAAAGCACUUGUGAGAAAGGAAAAGAGGUCAAAACAUAUGCAUCAUGUAAUCCAGCACCCAUACCAGCUUGUGACAACGGUUUUCAACCUGUUAAGGUUUUUGAUGAAGGAGGCUGCUGUUUUCAGUAUGAGUGCAAAUGUCUUUGUACAGGCUGGGGAGAUCCCCAUUACAAUACAUUUGAUGGCCAAUACUACAGUUUCCAGCACAACUGCACAUAUGUCUUGGUCAAAGAGAUAAUUCCCAAAUACAAUUUAAGAAUUCUUAUUGACAAUGAAAACUGUGAUCCUUCUGGAACUGUGACGUGCCCCAAAGCUUUGAUUGUAUAUUACAAAAACUAUGAAGUAACUCUUACACAGACGAGAAUCCCAAAAACUGAGAAUUUGAUAUAUGUUGAUGGAAAGAAAGUGACUCCAACCUACUCAAAUAAGGACUUCAUUAUUACAAGCACAGGAAUUCAGAUGGUUCUUAAAAUCCCACAGAUAGAAGGCGUUGUUUCAUUCACAGGGCUUCUGUUCAGUAUUGACUUGCCAUUUUCACUUUUCCACAACAACACAGAAGGACAGUGUGGCUACUGCGACAAUAACAAGAAAAAUGACUGCAGGUUACCAAAUGGCAAAAUUCAUCCAUUAUGCUCUGAGAUGGCAUUUGACUGGCGUGUAAAUGAUACGAAAAAACCAUACUGUGAGUCCAUGCCUUCGCGACCUCCUCCAAUAACAGAGCCACCGAAACCAGCAUGCAAUCCUGCCCUCUGUGAAAUCAUAAAGCACGAGAUGUUUAAGGACUGCCACAAAAAAAUUGCGCCCAGUUCAUAUUAUGAAGCUUGUAAAUUUGAUGUUUGCCACAUGCCAAAUUCCACCGUGGGCUGCACCAGUCUGGCGGCAUAUGCCAUGAUGUGUGCUGAAGCAUCUGUCUGCAUAGACUGGAGGAACCUGACCAAAGGAGAGUGCAACUACAAAUGUCCACCAAAUAAAGUAUACAAGGCCUGUGGGCCAAGUAUUGUUGAAACGUGCAAUGCAGGAUACAACAAUAAACUCAAACAGCAGUGUGCAGGAGAAGAAGAUACUUGCAAUGGAUUAGUGGAGGGAUGUUUCUGCCCUGAGGGGAAGAUGUUGUUUGAUUCAGGCUCCGAUACCUGUGUCUCAUCCUGUUGCUCUGGACCUGCUGGUGAACCUAAACAGAUUGGUGACACAUGGAAAAGCGGCUGCCAGCAAUGCAAGUGUGACAAAGAUUCUCUGAGUGUUAAGUGUGAGCCUCUAGUUUGCCCGACACAAGAACCAAUACAGUGCACAGAGGAUGGCGAGGUGUUGGUAAACCGAACGGUUAACUGCUGCCAGGAACUGACGUGUGAGUGUGAUAAAAACCACUGUUCAUCACCAACACAAAAGUGUAAUCUUGGCUUUGAGUUAACUGUCAAAGUUUCCAAUGAAAGCUGCUGCCCGGUCUUCACCUGUGAACCAAAAGAUGUAUGCGUCUACAAUGACACAGAGUACAAGCCAGGUACAAACUUUUCAAACAACCCAUGUGAACACUGCCACUGCACCAACAAACAGGAUCCAAAGACUAAGCUGAACACCGUAGAGUGUCAGCAAAUACAGUGUAACAUCAUUUGUAAAGAGGGUUACGUGCAUGUGGAUCAGCCUGGAGAAUGCUGUGGAUCAUGUAAACAGACGCACUGCAUUUUUGAUGUCCCUGGUUUGAACUCACCAGUAGUUCUUAAGCCUUCACAGUCGUUUUCACCACCAAAUGACAACUGCACCCAAUAUGAUUGUCAGAAGGUGAAGGAUGAAUUCCUGGUUAUCAGAAACCAAACUAUGUGUCCGGCAUUUGAUCCAGAAAACUGUGUUCCAGGAACAGAAACAAGUGACAUGAAUGGAUGCUGCAGAACCUGUACACCUCGCUACAACUGUGAGCUUCACAAGAACACCACCAAACUGUACGCAAACAACUGCGUGUCAGUCGAGCCGGUGGAGUUCACAUCCUGUGGGGGAACCUGUGACUCAUCCUCAUCUAUGUACUCAGUGGAGACCAACAAACUCAUGCAUUCUUGUACCUGCUGUCGAGAGGUUGCUACCACAAAGAAAGACGUGUUGAUGAAGUGUUCAGAUGGCAGCAUAAUGAAACAGGCAAUCACUUUAAUUGAAAAGUGUGGCUGCCAAGCUGUUGAAUGUAAAGAGUGGGGCAAACGUUGACGGGACACACGAUUAAGGCAAACGAUGGAAAUUUAAACUCUUUAGGGGAAACAGAUUAAUACUUGUUUACAAACUCUAUGGGUGCUUUCAUGCUUUGGAAUACGCAGCUCUGUGGGUCGAACUGAUCCAAAAAUAUUUUUAAAAGCAUGUGCUUAUCUGGUAAUUUUCUAUAGGGUGAAAUGGCUUUGAAUGUAUAUUCAUCUUUUGAGUAAUAGUAAAUUGCUUUAUCUGCUGUUUCAAACUUCUGUCUUUGGUUCAAUAAAUUUCUAAUUCAUCAAUGAA